AUUCUCUUCCUCAGUUAAAAAAACCACAAACCUAUCAAUUUUAUAUCAUCGCCUCAACAUUUUAAUCUUAUAACUAAGUCUUUAGUAAACCCAAAACCCGAAUUUCGCACACCAAAACGAUGUCGUCUUCCGAGUCCCAAGACCCGGCCGUCGCUGCAUCGGAGGCCCAGAUUAGCAAAAAGGCAGCCAAGAAGGAGGCCGCCAAGCAGGACAAGCUUCGUCGCCGCCAGGAAAUCGCCGCCGCGUCUGCCGCCACUGCAAAUCUCUCCGUCGACGAGGCUGACCCCCUCGCUGCCAACUACGGCGAUGUUCCGCUCGUCGAGCUGCAGUCCAAGACGCCCACCGAUGUUGGCGAGUGGACCCGCGUGGAGGCGCUCGGCGCUGCGCUGGAGAACAAGACGGUGCUUAUCCGAGGGAGGGCACAGACGAUUCGACCGGUCGGGAAGAAGAUGGCAUUCUUGGUCAUAAGAGAACACGGCUACACGGUUCAGUGUCUGGUGCAGGCGCAGCCCGAUACGGUGAGCCCGCAGAUGGUGAAGUUCGCCGCCGCGCUCAACCGCGAAUCCAUUGUCGAUGUCGAAGGCCUUGUUUCGAUCCCCGCCGCUCCCAUCAAAGGCGCCACGCAGCAGGUGGAAAUUCAAGUGAGGAAGUUGUAUUGUAUCAGUAGGGCUGUGCCUACUCUGCCGAUCAAUCUUGAGGAUGCUGCUCGGAGUGAGGUUGAAAUUGAGAAGGCUGUUCAGGCUGGUGAGCAACUUGUUCGGGUUAAUCAGGACACACGGUUGAACUUCAGAGUGCUUGACGUGCGAACACCAGCUAAUCAAGGAAUUUUCCGUGUUCAGUCUCACGUUGCUAAUGCAUUUAGACAGUUCUUAUUAUCUGAAGGUUUUUGUGAAAUCCACACUCCAAAGUUGAUUGCUGGAUCUAGUGAGGGUGGAGCUUCUGUUUUCAGACUUGACUACAAAGGCCAACCUGCAUGCCUGGCCCAGUCACCUCAGCUUCACAAGCAAAUGUCUAUAUGUGGAGAUUUUGGCCGUGUUUUUGAGAUUGGUCCUGUAUUUAGAGCAGAAGAUUCCUACACUCACAGGCAUCUGUGUGAGUUUACAGGUCUUGAUGUUGAAAUGGAGAUUAAGAAGCAUUAUUUUGAGGUUAUGGAUGUAGUUGAUAGAUUAUUUGUUGCAAUGUUUGAUAGUUUGAACCAACAUUGUAAGAAAGAUCUGGAAGCUGUGGGGUCUCAGUACCCGUUUGAACCUUUAAAGUAUCUGCGGAAUACACUACGCCUAACAUAUGAAGAAGGGAUUCAGAUGCUCAAGGAUGUUGGAGUAGAAAUUGAACCUUUUGGUGACUUGAAUACUGAAGCGGAAAGGAAAUUGGGUCAACUAGUCUUGGAGAAGUAUGGCACAGAGUUCUAUAUCCUUCAUCGAUAUCCGUUGGCUGUAAGACCAUUUUAUACAAUGCCUUGCUAUGACAAUCCAUCAUACAGCAACUCGUUUGAUGUCUUUAUUCGAGGUGAGGAGAUAAUUUCAGGAGCUCAGCGUGUUCAUGUACCAGAAUUUUUGGAACAACGUGCAGCAGCUUGCGGCAUUGAUGUGAAGACAAUAUCUACAUACAUUGAUUCUUUCAGAUAUGGCGCACCGCCACAUGGUGGCUUCGGAGUAGGGUUGGAACGUGUUGUGAUGCUUUUCUGUGGCUUGAAUAACAUUCGCAAAACAUCGCUUUUCCCUCGUGACCCACUUAGGAUUGCUCCAUGAUAAUGUUAUGUCCCAACAGUUAGUUGCUCAAGCAUUCAGUCUUUCGGUUUUUUUUUAUGUUUGAUCUGAAACAUUAUUUAAAUUCGCAGUUUUGGAGCUGAUAUUUAAUUUUAUCAUGAUAAAAUGUUUUGACAUGCUGUAACUGUCAUUGUGUAUUGAAUUGACCCAGUUUUAUAAAGUCCAUCUUUC